AUGACGCUGGAAGGCCUUGGGGUUGACGUUGCCGAUCCGGGACGAUUAUUUUCCGUUGCUUCGGAUCUAGCCCAUUUUGACCUCGAAUCUCCUAUGACAUUGAUCGUUCGUCUCAGCGAGUCCACAACCUGGAAUGAUGCAAGGAAUGCGGAAAAGAGUGAUACCUCACCCAAAUACUGGCUAGCCGAUCAGAUCGACCAGAGUCUAUUGACAGACGAACCCCAACUAACCAGCUUGGCAUUACCACUACGCAGGAAUCACGUUUUUUCUUCUUCUUCUUCUCGACCUGAGACAAGCGAGAAGGGCAGGUUCUUACAAACGGCUCGCGCACUUCUCAGUGCCGACUUGGGGACUUUGCCCACCAACGAAAUCUUCAGUCUACCACGGCACGCGGACUGCGAAGUCAGCGUACAUAUUUCCGUCUACGAGCUGUACUUCCCACUUCCCGAUAGUCUCGGAGACGGCAGGGGGCCAACAGAGGCACUUGAUAGCGGGAUCUCCUGCCCAGAGGCGGAACAGGUUUUCCUCGUGCACGAGAUGAUCCUGUUGGCUCCCAUCUUCCUCCCCUUGAUCCUUCAUGCGCGUCAUCAAUCCUACCUACGAGAUCUCACAUUCCUUGCGACUGAACUACCAGCGCGCCAACUAGACGACCCUUUAAAUCGAAACGUCGCUGGACACCCGCCCUCCCCGUGCCUUGAGUCUUACAUCAACCUUUCUAGUGUUGUCACCGACUACUUCGUACGUCUCCCUCGACUCGGUGUUGCCGUGUGCCACCCCCACGGUCUACUACCCAUCAAGAAGGCCGACUGCUCAACUGCUCAUCAAUCGAUGUACGCUCUCGGCGUCGCAUACACUUUUCUAAUCGAUUCCUUCAAUGUGACCUUGACCAAAAGCAGGAAGCAAGCGCAGUCGACAUGUUACCAAAUUCCUUGGCGGGGGCCCCUAGCCAUUCCUAGCUGGCUUUGUGCGCCCCCUGGUCUUGUCGAAACAAGACUGGUAGGCUCGGCACUGACCGUCCCGAAUGGAGAACUGGGCCGUUCUUCACCAACCUCUUCCAAAGCUGCAUCGAGAUACGUUCGACUAGCUUUCUCACUAUCAUUUUUCGUCUCUGUCUUCGCAGUAUUCAGCUCGGAGGAAGGGAGAGACGACGGGAAGAGGGGUGAAAGAAUGUCCGAAGUCUUAGAACAUUAUGUUGACAGCGAUAUCUCUGUCCUGGCUCUGGUCAAUGAGAGGGCAUCCAUGGAAUGUUCCAAGAAACGGACGAGGGCAAGACAUUCCGACGGCAAGGCUCGGCUUUGUUCCGCAACCAUACUAUCGGGGCUCUCCAUUGAAAACCUAUUCGGUCCUGUCGCACUUCGCACCAAAGCCCCAUACUGGGAGCAAUAUUCUGUCAUUGAUCGACGAGCAGAGAGACAUGGCCUAGGUCACCCGCUAGCGCAAGCCCAUGCGCCAUGCGCCCUGUACACUUUCUUCAUUUUCUUCUUCGUAGUGCAUCCCUACAUCGUCGGCUCAUCUUCGAUCACCUGGCCCCAGUCUUAA